AUGUCUUCAGGGUCAGACUACCAGAGCGACAGUAGCUAUGAUUAUCAGAGAAAUACUUUAAGUUUUUUGGAAGACCAAGAAUGGCCUGGUACAGUGCUUGUGUCUCUGCUCCAAGAUCUUGAAGAUACUUUGCAUCCUAAUACUCAAGACCUUAUAGAGUGUGGACAGAAUUUUCUUGGAUCACUUGAAUUGUUUGAACUGGAUCCAGAAACUGUGCAGUCAAAGCUAGCUUUGGGACGUGAAUGGCGACGACUCUAUACGGAUACUGUCCUACUUCGUUGCUUAAAAUUACUCAAAGAGAAAUCAUCCAUAGGAAAAUCGGAGAACGCCCAAUCUAACGACGAAUGGGAACGAGCAAUCCGACUUCUCGACCAAGCAAUCAUUCUCGCUGGAGCUCCUGGUGAAGGCAGACUCGAACUCACGCUCUCCUGCAUUUCUUUCAUCCAGCGUUGGUACCUCCCUCUAGUAAUUGAUAUUUCUACGCCACAUCGGGUAUUAUCUCAACAACCUACGCUGUCCCUUGGUACAGAUUUAGUCCCCACGAUAACCCCGCCUCCCUCCCUUUCCGCAUUCCCGGCUCGUGCACAACGUCCGUUCGUACUUCCAGGCUUCGCAUCUUCAUGGCCCGCCACUACAAACUGGAAAUCAAAAUCCUACCUCGUCUCAUGCGCAGGACGAGGCCGAAUCGUACCCGUCGAACGAGGGGGAGACUAUCGCACCGACGACUGGAGCGUCGAGCUCGUGCCCUGGAGCGAUUUUUUGGAUAAAAUUGGAUGGGGAGAGGAAGUAGAUGAUACUGAGCAGCUGUACCUCGCACAGCACUCUCUAUUUACCCAGUUUCCCAAGUUACGAGCCGAUAUUCAAGUGCCGGAUUAUGUAUAUGCCGAGCCUGAGAGUCACCCUUGUUAUGUUGGGCCACCGGGAAAUAAUGAACAACUUGUAAUCAAUGCCUGGUGCGGAGGAAGGGGAGCAAAUAGCCCUGCCCAUACUGAUCCAUAUUAUAACAUAUACGUUCAAAUCGUGGGCUUCAAAAUUAUCUGGCUUGCUCCACCCGAGGCCUCAUCAGGGAUGUAUGCAUUCAAUCCGAUAUCCAAACCAUCACACGAAGGUGAUACCCCGACCGAACCAAGUCGCAUCCUAAACGCGAGGGAAUGA